ACAUCCAGGGAAUGUAAUGGCGGCCGGCGAGUCGGCGCUCCUCUGACACUCAGCCCAAACACAUCAACGCUUCCAGCCGCCUGUGGCUCUGGAGGCGGGCUACUUAAAACACGGCCGCCUCUGUGUAAAGUACUCAACUUCAGAUUUUAUUUUUUUUGUAUAGAAAGGGAACCAGAACAAGAGCGGAGUAUUGUUUUUCCUCAUAAAAAUGGAUGAACACCCCGGAGGAGGAGUAGGAGGAGGUGGUAGUGGCGUUGGUGGAAGUGGAAUGGCCGCUUCAAGGCAACAGCAAGGGAACAAUAAUAACAUUAGCCUGCAGGCCGGCGGAGGUACUGGACUUGGGCCGCCGCCACCGCCGCAGCAGCAACCGCCGCCGCCACAAGUGGAGGAGAUGCCCCGGCCUCAGCAGUACACCAUCCCGGGGAUUCUGCACUACAUCCAGCACGAAUGGGCCCGUUUCGAGAUGGAGAGGGCGCACUGGGAAGUGGAACGAGCUGAACUCCAGGCUCGAAUAGCUUUCCUUCAAGGAGAAAGAAAGGGUCAAGAAAAUUUAAAGAAUGAUCUAGUACGAAGAAUAAAAAUGUUAGAAUAUGCAUUAAAACAAGAAAGGGCAAAAUAUCAUAAAUUAAAAUAUGGCACUGAAUUAAAUCAAGGGGACUUGAAGAUGCCAAGUUAUGAUUCAGAAGAAACCAAAGAGACAGAAGUCCCCGCAGUACCUCAGAACAGCCAGCUCACUUGGAAACAAGGACGGCAAUUGCUUAGACAAUAUCUUCAGGAAGUAGGUUACACAGAUACAAUAUUAGAUGUUCGGUCUCAAAGAGUCAGAUCUUUAUUAGGAUUGUCGGGCUCUGAGCAGAAUGGUUCAGUAGAAACAAAAAAUCUGGAACAAAUUCUUAAUGGUGGUGAAUCUCCAGCUAAACAAAAGGGACAUGAUUUAAAAAGGACUCCGGGAGAUGUGUUAGAAACGUUUAACUUUUUGGAAAAUGCUGAUGAUAGUGAUGAAGACGAAGAUGAGGAGGAAGGCGAUCUUGAUGAUAUUUCAGAUGGAAAAGGAAAGCACAGAAUAAACAAGAAACAUAAAAUCAAGAUAGGUAAUGAGGGACUUGCUGCAGAUCUUCCUGAUGACCCUGAUACAGAAGAAGCACUCAAGGAGUUUGAUUUUCUAGUAACGGCUGAGGAUGGGGAAGGAGCUGGAGAAGCCAGAAGCUCAGGGGAUGGAACGGAAUGGGACAGAGAUGACCUUUCCCCAACUGCGGAGGUUUGGGAAGUAAACGAGGGGCUAAUAAGUAAACUGAAGGAACAGUACAAGAAGGAGCGGAAAGGCAAGAAGGGGGUCAAGAGGGUCAACAAGACAAAACUGCAAGACAUGAUAGCAGAUCUGAGGGAUGACGAAGUGCCCCACAUAUCUACUGGAAUCUUUAAUCAGUCUGUAUCAGCUGCAACUAGAGUGACUGAUCAUGAAGGUCCAAGAGCAGAGGAAGCAGAGCCUCUGACGUUCCCAUCUGGUGGAGGCAAGUCGUUCAUUAUGGGAUCCGAUGAUGUUCUGGAGAGUGUCCUUGGCCUUGGAGACCUGGCAGAUCUAACAGUAACGAAUGAUGCUGACUACAGCUAUGAUUUGCCAGCUAAUAAGGAUGCAUUUAGAAAAACCUGGAAUCCUAAGUACACACUACGUAGUCACUUUGAUGGAGUUAGGGCCUUAGCGUUUCACCCAGUGGAGCCUGUGCUGGUUACGGCAUCGGAGGACCACACUUUAAAACUAUGGAAUUUACAAAAAACUGUUCCUGCCAAAAAGAGUGCCUCUUUAGAUGUGGAGCCAAUAUACACGUUCCGAGCCCACAUUGGACCCGUAUUGUCAUUAGCCAUUAGCUCUAAUGGAGAGCAGUGUUUUAGUGGCAGUAUUGAUUCAACUAUACAAUGGUGGAACGUACCAAGUUCUAAUGUGGAUCCUUACGAUACGUAUGAUCCUAAUGUUUUAGCUGGCACUUUUCUUGGUCACACGGAUGCAGUGUGGGGCCUUGCAUUUAGUGGAAUUAAAAACAGGCUUCUGUCAUGUUCAGCUGAUGGAACCAUUCGGUUAUGGAAUCCUUCAGAGACGUCACCUUGCAAAAGUGUUUAUAAUGCAGACAAAGAACAUGGCAUUCCAACAUCUGUUGAUUUUAGUGGAUGUGACCCUGCUCAAAUGGUGGCAUCUUUUAAUAACGGCAAAUCAGUUGUGUAUGAUAUAGAAACGUCUCAGCCAAUUGUAGUUUUGGCAUCACAGGUAGAUCCAGCUUUUCCUUUAGCCAGUCAUAUAAGCAGAAUAGUCAGCCAUCCCACCCUGCCUGUUACAAUAACAGCUCAUGAAGACAAACACAUCAAGUUUUUUGACAUCAAAACGGGUAAACUGAUUCACGCUAUGGUGGCACAUCUAGAUGCUGUAACAAGUCUUGCAGUUGAUCCUAAUGGCAUAUAUCUGAUGUCUGGAAGCCACGACUGCUCUAUUCGACUUUGGAAUAUGGACAGUAAGACAUGUGUACAGGAAAUCACAGCCCAUCGGAAGAAGUCUGAUGAAUCCAUUUAUGAUGUAGCUUUCCAUCCAUCAAAGGCUUUUAUAGCCAGUGCAGGAGCAGAUGCCCUUGCUAAAGUGUUUGUGUGAUGUUACGGUCUUUAAAAGCAGGUGGACUUGAACACUCGAGGAAUUGCUUUACUGCUUUCAGUAGUUAGACACUACAUUGACCCUGCCUUUCCACUUUAUUCUUAAAAGCCGGUUAUGGUGGGUACCACAUGGUGAAUUUUUCACCAAAAUCCUCAAAUGAACUCCAAACUAAUUAAACUGUAAUUA